AAUAGUAAUGGUGGUGGUAAAAAUCUUAAAAUUGUCAUUGUUAAAGCUGAUGAAAUGGAUAAUAAUAGCAAGAAUAGAAUCAAAACACCAUCGCCACCGCCAACAAAAACAACAUCGAUUUUGAUGCCUGUUGAUCAACCACCAAAAUCGCUAUCAUCUACAACUAAUACCGUUAUUGUUCCAAAUCAUUGUACAAUACAAUCAUCAUCAAAUCGUCGUAAAUCAAAAUUUUCUGUUAUGAUGGGUAUUACACAAUCUGGUGGUAUUAAUAAUCAUCAACAACAACAGGCAAAGAAAAAACGUUCGGAAGAUUUUGGCAUACCAUCAUCCGUUUCCUGUAGUGAUAUACUUGAUCUUGAAUUGCUCAAUCGUCGUUAUACGAUACGUCGUAAAAUACAGAUAUUAGGCAUAAUGACAUUUGCAACGAAUGUAUUUGCAUUAUUAUAUUAUAUGAUCAUUAUGUCUAUUGAUUCCUCAUUUUUUUCACCAUUAUAUCAAGAUGAUAAAAAUAAUGGUAAUCAUACAACAAACGUUAGUGAUAUAGUAACAUCUAUUCUUGUUACUAUUUCUACAACAACUACUUCAUCCGGUGAUAAUCAAUCAUCAAUAAUAGAUGUAAUCGUAUUGAUAAUAACAACAAUAAUGGUCAUCAUAUCAUCAUCAUUAUUAUUUCCAUUAGUAAUCUGUACAUUGACUAGUCAUUUUUGUGAUGUUAAAUAUUCACGAACAAAUUUUUUUGCUGCUAAUUCCGCCUCCGCCACUAUGACCAUGAAUAUCAAUGCAAAUUGUUUUACUUCUUCUUUUAUGGCUAAUCCAAAAACAACAACAACAACAAUCAUUGGUAAUAAUGAUAAAUUAUUAUCGUCGUGUGCCAAUAAUAAUAACAAUAAUUCAAAUAAUGGAUCGCCACCAUAUCGACAAUAUAUAUUGGCAACCGUGUUUCUUAUAUUUUGGUUAUGGUGUACAUUUCUUGUACAUCGUAUAUUAUCCGAUAUAUUCUAUCAUGAAAAUUAUUGGAGCCGUUCACAUCAUUUUCAUAUUGAAUCAAUGGAUAUUGACCUAUUGGUUGCUGUAUUUUCAAUUAUUUACAUACAAUCAGUAUUACCAUUCAAUCCAUAUAUUAAUCUGGCUAUACAAUUUAUUUGUUUUGCAUUAUAUAUCCUUAUGGAAAUUAUGCAAAUAAUUACCGUAUUUAAUGAUGAUCGAUUACGUAUGAUUAUUCAACAACAGCAACAACGUUCCAUAAUAAACAAUAAUGAAACAUCGUCAUCAUCAUCAUCAUGGCAACAAUCGCAUCAACAACAACAAUCAUUGAAUGAUUCACAUGGAUUUAAUGAAUAUAUUGUUAAGAAAAUUCUAACAGAUAUUCUGAUAUUAUUAGCAUUCAUAACCUAUACAACCGAUUCACGACGACGUAUGGAACAGGAAAAUUGUGAUACAUUUGCCGGUGCACGAAAAAUCAUUGAUGAUCGAAUAUUACUUGAAUUCGAACGUGAACAACAGGAACAAUUAUUAUUAUCAGUUAUACCGGCAUAUAUUGCUGCUGAAGUUAAACGUCGUAUAAUGGAUAAAAUGGAUGUUGAUCGUAAAGGUGCACGUGCUGAAAUGGAAAAACAAAAUAAUAAUAAUAAUCAAAAAUCGACAAAAACUGCAACAACAGCUAAUGUUACAAAUAUUAAAACAAAUUUCAAUCAAAUGAAUUCUGGUGGAAAAAAUCGUCGUGAAUCACAUGCAAUAUCCGGUUCAAAUCAAAUAUUAUCGGGUAAUCAUCGAUUAGCUGGUCCAGGUGAUCUAUUACCGAAAACACCACAAAAACAACGAUUUCAUGAACUAUAUGUACAACGUCAUAAUAAUGUUAGCCUAUUAUAUGCCGAUAUCGUCAAUUUUACACCAUUAUCAGAACAAUUAUCCGCUUCAGAGCUGGUACGAACAUUGAAUGAUCUAUUUGGACGUUUUGAUGAAUUAGCUCAGGAGAAUCAAUGUAUGCGUAUCAAAAUUCUGGGCGAUUGUUAUUAUUGUGUAUCCGGUUUGCCUGUAUCACGUCCAAAUCAUGCCAUCAAUUGUGUACAAAUGGGACUACGAAUGAUCAAAGCAAUCAAAAUGGUCCGUGAUGCUACCGGUGUUAAUGUUGAUAUGCGUAUCGGUGUUCAUAGUGGUAAUGUUUUAUGCGGUGUUAUUGGACUACGUAAAUGGCAAUAUGAUGUAUGGUCGGAUGAUGUUACACUUGCAAAUCAUAUGGAAUCCGGGGGUGUUCCUGGACGUGUACAUAUAACGGAAGAUACAUUAGAUCGAUUGGAUAAUCGUUUCGAAGUUGAACCUGGUAAUGGACAUCUAAGAGAUUCUUAUCUUGCACAACAUGCAAUUAAAACUUAUCUUAUUAUUGAUCCAACGAAAUCUAAACAAGAUACAUUGGAUACAAAAAGUAUCGCUGAUACUGGUAAUAAUACAUCAAAUGAUUGUGCAUUAUCAUCAAAACGACGAUCAUCAUUGCAAGUGGAUGGAUCAAUCAUUCACAAUGAUUUGAUCAAUUGCAAAAAUAAUGAUAAUCAAUCAUCACAAACAAAUUCAUCGUUAACAAACGUAUCGAAAGUACAACGUAAAAUGGGUCCAGGUGUUGGUAGUAAACGAAAUUUUUCUAAAUGGACUGAAUGUGGUUCAUCCGGAUGGGCGGUUGAUAAACCAUUUUCAAAUAUUUCCGAAUCUGUUAUAGCUAAAAAUGUUACACAAACGAGUAUUGCAUUAGUUGAAGCCGUCUUAACACCUACACCACAAUCAUUGAUGGAUACAUUACGUUCAUGGUUUUCCUGUUGUCUACCUGCAUCCGAACUACAACAUUAUCAUCCGCGUAAAGCGGAAAUCAAUUCCAUUUUUCUUCAUUUUAAAGAUAGUUCAUUGGAAAAUCCAUAUGAACGACAUGCAUUUGUGGGCAAUUUUCCCACAAAUUCCUUAAAUGUAACCAUUUUAAUGUCUGUAUUGGCCAUCAUUGAAUUCAUUUUGCUUCCAAUAAAUAUUUUUACACUUACAUUGAUUAUAUCGAUGAUAAUCAUCGCAUUAACAUUUACCAUAUCGAUACUAAUACAAUCAAUUCGCAAUCAUCAGGUACCAUUGACCAUGUUACCAACACGAUUUUCAACAACAUUUGAUCAAUAUAAUAAUAAUGGUGCGAAUAAUACCAAUAAUAUCGGUACGAAUAUCUGUGAUGAUUUGGAAACCGGAUCAAACAUUGGAAAUACAUCAAUUACACAUCAUAAUACAUUACAACAACAACAAAAACGAAUGAAAAUAUUCGAAUGGUAUCAACGAUUAGGUAUGGUGAUGGGUGAAAAAUUGGAUUUCAUACAUGUAUCGAUUAGAAAUUAUACGGAAAAUUUUCUAAGUUGUCAUCAACAAAGUAUAAUGCUAUUUUCAUUAAGUAUUUGUUCGGCAUUAACAAUCAUAAUGAUCACUAUUGAACAUUGUCUUACAUUUGUUCCAUCCAUUGUUAAUUGUGAUGAUGUACCAAUUCCAAUCAUGAUGAUAAUGACUACUGCUACUGGUAGUGGCGAUACUAUUCCUACGAUCACAACUACAUUGAAUGAACAUCAAAAAUGUCAACUUGAAUUACGACAUUACUUUCGCGUUUCAUCCGUCAUUGUUUUGAUGCUCAUCUCAACAUCAUUGUCACAUUUGAAACAUACAUAUCGUAUACUUGUGCAGAUAUUCUAUUUUGGUAUAUUAGCCAUAUUGAACAUUUUGGCUGUUGGAAAUUCCGGUACAAAUGCUCCAUCUAUGAUUCAUUCUACAAAUAUUUCAUUAGAUAAUCAAAAUAUAAAUGAUGAUCAUAAUAUUAUGGAUACGACAACGGAAGAAGCGACACCAACCGGUGUUUAUGGUGCUACAAUAUUGUUUGCCCUAUUCUUUUCAUUAAUCCUUUAUGUACGUGAUCGUCAUAUUGAAUUCUCAUCUCGUCUGCAUCAAUUAUGGAAGGCAAAACUUCAAGUUGAACAGGAAGAUGUUGAAACUAUUGGCGGUAUCAAUAAAAUUUUGUUAGAAAACAUUCUACCACAACAUGUUGCACAACAUUUUCUAUUGAAUAAUUAUGGUCCAAAUCGAACAUUAUAUCACGAACGUUAUAAUUCAGUUGCCGUAAUGUUUGCAUCAAUACCAAAUUAUCAUGAAUUUUAUGAUGAAAAUGAUGUCAACAAACAAGGACUAGAAUGUUUACGACUACUGAAUGAAAUAAUCUGUGAUUUUGAUAAAUUAUUAUUGAAACCAAAAUUUAGCUGUAUUGAAAAAAUUAAAACUAUUGGUAGUACUUAUAUGGCAGCGGCAGGUUUACAACCCGGACGAGAAAGUUUUGAAGCCGGUGCUAAAGAAGGUAGUUUUAAACUACAUCGUGAAGAACAUAACGUCAUUUCCUUGGUGGAAUUUUCCAUUGCAUUGAAUAAUGUCCUACAACAGAUUAAUCGUGAAUCAUUUCAACGAUUUCGUCUUCGUGUUGGAAUAAAUCAUGGACCAGUGAUUGCCGGUGUUGUCGGUGCACAUAAACCACAAUAUGAUAUAUGGGGCAAUACGGUUAAUGUUGCAUCACGUAUGGAUUCACAUGGUAUGAUGGGUAAAAUACAGAUACCUGUGGCAACAGCAAAAUUACUUAUGGAACAUGGUUAUGAUUGUGAAUGUCGUGGCCGUAUACAUGUAAAAGGUAAAGGUGAAUUGGAAACAUAUUUCAUUAAAUCACCUGCAUUGAAAGAUGAAUUAUGAUCGAAAAUAAAACAAAAAAAGAAGAAAAAAUCGAACAACAAAUUUUUCAGUUCAUUUCUAAAUUCCUAUCGAAAGUGAAAACCUUCAUUCUAUAAUCCAGCCAAAAAUGACCAGAAAAAAUCUUCUUGAUUCCAUUAUGUAAAUGGAUUUUCAUUGUAAAACCGCGUAACACAAACUAUACAUGCACACAAAAUCAAAUUGGAAUCGAUUCAACAAACAAAAUUUUCCUUUUGUGUGUGUAUGUUUCAUUCAUUCAUUUGAAA